GUUAAACGAACUAAUUGUUGUCUUAGCCUCCUACACUAAACUGUGAGCCUCUUGAGAACGGAAACCCGGUUGACUGGGUCUUCUAUCAUCAGGGCCCUAGUGAAUGCAUCGUUCCUGAGCUCAAGAACGUUGAGAGAUAAGGAAACUGAGAUCCAGAAAAGAAACUUUUCUUAAGAUACCCAGACACUCCGGCAAUUCAGAUACUUCAGACCACCUGGCUACUGAAGACCUGUUUAAGGAGAUGGGGUGAUGUACUUUCAGGUGGGCCAACGGUGGCCGGAGGAGAGAAGACUGGCUGCUCUGGUGGCUGAGCUGGUGGAGUGGCUGCAUUGGAAGAGUCUGCAUCCCAGAGUUUGCCAGGACCAAGGAUGGAGCCUGCAUCCCAAGAUCCAGAUGUGGGCCAGCUGGACCACCGAGCCAGCAAGGAGGUCCCUGGAUCCUGCCUGAGAGAACCAGCUGCAUGGCCGGAGCCAGCUCAUGUUACCAUCACCUUUACCACUUGUAGAACUGUGGCUAAAACGGGCAGGAGCGGCCUGCUGGGCACGCAGAGGUCACCAGGAGGGAAAGCCUGCUGAACACGAACGCAGUUUCUAGCAGUUACCCACAGCCUCCAAGAUAAAAGAAGACUUUAUGGAUCCUUAAAUUAGCAGGACCCAGGAGAUCCACUAAGGACUGUCCAGGAAGAGUCCUCCUUGUACAGAGGAGCUGCCUGGAGCUGUGAUGGAGGAGGGAGCUGGGGAGGCACCAGGGCUGGGCAGGUCUGCUGCUUCUAAGGAUUUCCGCUUCUAUCACAUGGAUCUGUAUGACUCUGAAGACAGACUGCAGAUCUUCCCAGAAGAGAGUACUCGGAUGAGAAGAGAAGGUGUCCAAGCUGAAAUGACCCAUGAGCCCAUGAGAGGGGGUGUGAAAGGGAAGGCUCAGAGAGACCUUGGAGAGGAAGUGGAUGAACUUGUCCAUCUCUAUGGGCUUGAAGAUGAUCACGAAUUAGGGGAUGAGUUUAUUGAGGAAAACACACCCAGAAUAGAGGUUUCAGAAUAUCCUUCUUAUAUGAUGAUGGGGAGUGAGCAGAGAGACUGGAGACUUACUGGUGAGGCAGCUCAGGGUGAGGACCUGGGCUUCAUGGGGUGGGGCUCAGUAGGCCAGUGCCAGGACUUGCGGGAAGCCUAUAGGUACAGCCACGGCCGUGCCAGCGAGGAGUAUGAGUGCUACGUCAUCCCAGAGGAAGAGGACGAGGAAGAAGUGGCUGACGUCUUCUGUGUCACUUGCAAAACUCCCAUAAGAGCAUCAGAGAAGGAUCAGGAUGAACACAAGCAGCAUGAGGUGACCCCACUCAGUAAAGCCCUGGAGAGCGCCAAGGAUGAAAUUCACAAAAAUAUGUACAAGUUGGAAAAGCAAAUUAUUGAGAUGGAAAACUUUGCAAGUCACUUAGAAGAGGUUUUCAUCACGGUGGAGGAGAAUUUUGGAAGACAAGAACAAAACUUUGAGUCUCAUUACAACGAGAUCUUGGAAACACUUUCUCAAAAAUAUGAAGAAAAAAUACAAGCUCUAGGGGAGAAAAAGAAAGAGAAGCUGGAAGCCUUGUAUGGACAGCUGGUCAACUGUGGAGAAAAUCUUGACACCUGCAAAGAGCUGAUGGAAACAAUAGAGGAGAUGUGUCAUGAAGAGAAGGUUGAUUUCAUAAAGGAUGCUGUGGCUAUGGCUGACAGACUCGGAAAAUUCCUGCAAACAAAAACAGACGUGGAGAUCUCAGCGCAGCCUGACUUUGAAGACCAGACCUUGGAUUUCUCUGAUGUGGAGAAGCUGAUGGGCUCCAUUAACACCAUCCCAGCUCCUUCUGCUCCAGUGAUAAACCCACAGGCCCCUAACUCAGCCACGGGUUCCUCAGUCCGAGUGUGCUGGAGCUUGUACUCCGAUGACACCGUGGAGAGCUAUCAGCUGUCCUACCGGCCAGUGCAGGAUGGCUCGCCUGGGAAGGAGCAAACAGAGUUUACAAUGACUGUCAAAGAAACAUACUGCUCAGUGACAAACCUGUUGCCAAACACGCAGUAUGAAUUUUGGGUCACAGCUCAGAACAGGGCCGGCCUCAGCCCCACCAGUGAGCGUGCAGUGUACAUGACAGCGCCUUGUCCCCCCAUUAUAAAAAGCAAAGAGAUAAGGAGCUGCGAGGAGGCUGCACUCAUCUCCUGGGAGUCUGGAAACCUGAACCCUGUGGACUCAUACACGGUGGAGCUGACCCAGGCAGAGACGCCGGGGGCCUCGGGUGUAACUGAGUCCGUUGUGGGCAUCCCGACCUGCGAGUGCCUGGUGCAGCUGCAGCCCCGACAGAACUACACCAUCUAUGUGAGAGCCCUCAAUGUGGGCGGCCCCAGCGCAAGGAGUGAGCCCGCUACCGUCCACACCACAGGCAGCUACUUCCCCCUGAAUGAGCACACCUGCCAUCCCUGGCUGACUGUAUCCGAAGAUGGGCUCACGGUUGUGCGAAGCGAGAGGAGAGGCCCCACCAGGGAGCCAAUCCCCAGCAACACCCAGUUUACCAGGUGUGCUGCAGUCAUGGGAAACCUGAUUCCAGUCCGAGGGCGCCAUUACUGGGAGGUGGAGGUGGACGACUGUUCGGACUACACAGUGGGUGUGGCCUUUGAAGAUGUCCCCAGACAGGAGGACCUGGGGGCAAACCGCCUCUCAUGGUGCAUGAGGCACGCAUUUGCAUCAUCAAGGCAUAAGUAUGAAUUUCUACACAACAAGACGACUCCAGACAUAAGAAUAACGGUUCCCCCAAAGAAGAUUGGUAUUCUGUUAGACUAUGAAAAUGCAAAGUUAUCAUUUUUCAAUGUGGACAUUUCUCAGCAUCUGUAUACAUUCAGCUGUCAGCUUCACCAGUUUGUUCAUCCUUGUUUUUCCCUGGAAAAGCCUGGCUGCCUGAAGAUACACAACGGUAUUUCAAUGCCAGAGCACGUCACUUUCUAUUAGCCCACUUUGCUUGUCUCUCUUCUGUACCUACCCCUCUCCCAGCCACUCACACCUCAGCUGCCUGAACUUGGCGUUCAAGCACCGUGCACCGUGUCACUUCUGGCUCAUGUUAUCUGGCAGACUGGUGUGCUGGCAUUCAUUUCACCUGAUUGGAUCCUAUGCACUGCCACCUGUGUGAGGCUAGGUUACUCAGUUCUAGUCCUGGCUCUAAAAUGAAGGCUCAAACUAAACUCAAAGGUCUUUAAGGUUGUCAAACUGCAUUGGUCUAUUUGUGUAUAAGAAAAGUAUCUGAGUCCCCAAGGCCUGUGGAGCUUGGGGGAGGAGGGAAGAUUCAUGUUAGUGGCUCUGGCUGCCCCAGCACUUGUGACAUCUCAUUUGUUGGCCAAGAACUGGCUUGAGAAGAGGCCAUCUGCAAGGAGAACCAAGGAAGCCGUAUGCUCUUCUCAGCGGCAUUCUCAUUUUCCCAGUGGUCAGUGGCAGUCUGGGUGGUGAGGUUUCUCCCAUCAAGUACUUUCUAAAAACCUGUUCCUCUCCAUGUAUUUAUGUUCUCUAAUUUUGAAGUGACUUUUAUAAUGCCUGAUUCCACAAAGGCAAGACAGUGUCUGUCUUGUUCAGCACUCAGUCCCCGAGGGCUGACACGUGCACAGAGUAUCUGUUGAAUAAAGAGCUGCUUUUUCAUCCACCCACUGCUCUUCAGCCUAUCACUGCUCUACACAUGAGGGAUGGCAGGGCUCGUUCAAGCUGUGGCAAAAGACCUACGACCAGGAGAUGGGAGGGGAGGCAGUGUGACAGAAAAGGGGCACCUGGGGCUUGGUGGCCAGGUCAGUAAAGAUGCAAUAUCACAUGCUUCUUGGUGUCACACACAAAUACUAAACGUGUUGCUUUCACUGCAUGUUGGGGACAUGGUGUUGGGCCGGGGGGCCCUCCUAGGUCUGGUCAACAUAGACACCAGUAGUUGCAACUGAUUCUAGGAACUGACCUAUAAGGUAAAGAGAACCAUAUCUGAAAUUGGAAGGCCCGAGUUUGAUUGCUAUUAUAGCCACUUUGCUUUAGACCCUAGAAAAGUCACACUUAUCUCCCUGAACUUCUCCCUUUGAACAGAGAAAAAUAACUUAUGUGUGUGCAUGCAUGCCAAGUCACUUCACUCAUGUCUGACUCUAUGCAACCCCAUGGGCUGUAGCCCGCCAGGCUCCUCUGUCCAUGGGAUUCUCCAGGCAAGAACACUGCAGUGGGUUGCCAUUUCCUUCUCCAGGGGAUCUUCCCCACCAGGGAUCAAACCCUCAUGUCUCCCUCAUUGGCAGGCGGGUUCUCUACCACUAGCACCACCUGGGGAGCCCCUUGUCCUACAGGAGAGGAGAUUUAAUGACAAACAUGAGAAUGCAGAACCAUGUAUGACAGAGAGCAAUGCACAACAGUCUUUUAGGAGCAAACAUCCGCCCGCCAAGUGCAGAGCUGAGUGCUAUGGGGAGAGGUAGUCUUCAGCCACUGGCUUUGGGGCCUCCUGCCUCGUUGCUCUCUUGCAUUCUGUGAGCUCCAUGCCCAGCCCUCUCGGCUGCAUUUCUGGUUUGGUUGUUGAGUUCAAGUUUCCAGGUGCCAGUUCUCAGAGACAAUUUAGUAUUAUGUCCUGUGGGUGCUUCUUUAAACAUAUAUGCCUGGAUCCCAUCACUUAGGGUUUUGUGUUAACUGAAAAAUCUUUCAUGCUUCCCAGUGCAUGCUGAGUCUGACACAAGGAACCCCUGUUAUCUCCUAUCUCAAAACCCUGCCUAUUCGUAUAAAUAAGAACUCAGAUUCUUAAACUCACAACUCAACCUGACAAUCUUAAACCUCCUUACACACACACACAUAUCUCUGCCCUACCCUGAAAUAAGGAAGUAGCAGAGAUGGCUCAAGUUGCAAUUAAAAUGUGUGUGUGUGUGUGUGUGUGUGUGCGCGCGCACGCGCACGCGUGUAUGUAUUCAAAAAUGCUCUCAGCUACUAAAAAAACUGAGUAGGAAGUUGGACCUCACAGAUCAAAUAAGUUUGAACACACGGUUCUAA